AAUUUAAAUAUAUUUUCAGUAAAUUGAAAAUAAUAUGCAAUUAAGGGUCCGAAAUUAUUACAUUCAGUUCGCACUUAAGUAUAUUCUUUUAAAGUAUAUUUAUUUCUGUAAAAACUAGCUAGUCUUUUAAAAAUUAUGUUACUUUUUUCACAAGGGUAAAUUAAGGUAAAUAUAAUGGGGACAUAAAAAUGCACUGCAUAAGAGGUACGGCCCAUAAAGCUUUUAAGGUGGAAAAACUUUCUUAGUGCACCUUUAAAUUAAUGUCACUAUUGGAAAAUGUGUACUGCAUGCAAACACGCAUCUCUGUGAUUGGCCACAGCGUUGACCUCAUCAUCCUCCGCAGCUCCUCCCCCACUCUCUCCUGCUUCAGGACCAUCACUCGUAUCCUUAGAGCGUCAGCACGCCACAGCACAUUCUCUGCAUCCAGAAGACUCCAGCUCCAUCCUGAUACAGCAGAAGCUUGAAGCUUUGACAUUAGAGUAAUGGAGAGCUUGCUGGAUAACCCAAUGAAAGCCGUGCUUUAUCUCAAAGAACUGACCACUAUUGUACAAAACCAGCAGAGUCUGAUUCAAACCCAGCGGCAGCGGAUUGACGAGCUGGAGAGGAAGGUUGAGGAUCUGAUCGGCGAGAAUCGUCAGCUGAGAGAUCCGCAUCAAUACCAUCACCAUCAUCCGCACCACCACCACCACCCACCCCCGCGGACCAGCAGCCCUCAGCCGGCCGCUCACCCGCACCAGCAUUCGGCGAGUCUCGGUCAAGCCCAGCCGCAGCAGCAUCCGUCCAAACAACCGCAGCAUCCUCCGGCAGCUCCCAUCCAUCACCCGCAGCAUUUGCAGCUGGUUCCUACAUCCCCACCGACUCUCAAAGCAACCCAGUCCAGCCCGGAGUCCGCAGAGGACGAGAAGAGAAGCCCGUCCUGCAAGUCUCUGGUUCCGCAAACACCUUCAACACUGUGCCGGUCCGUUGGACUCGCCAGGAAACCGGAGAACCAGACAGUUCUACACCAGUUCUGCUGUCCUGCUCCGGAAGCCCCCGAGUCUGACUCUCAGGCCUGUGUACCCAGUGAAGAGCCACCCUCCCCUGUUCCCACUGCAACACCAUCACCUGCCACAUCGCCAUCACCCGGGGUGACCACCACCAAUGCCUCCCAGCCCGAGGUCCAGGUGGCACCUCAGGUUGCAGGGAGCACUGUGACAUCUGUCGAUGAAGGAGGGGGAGAUGGGGAUCGAGAUGGAGGUGAACCACAAGAGAGAGGGAGUGCAGAAGUGGAGAAGGAAGAGGUGAGGGCACAAGAGAUAGAGCAGGAGGAAGAACAACCCCAGGUGCAACUGCAACAACCAAUACAGGAGGAGCUGAAAAAGGAGACAGAGGAGCAGGAGAGGGAAGCAGCAAGUACGGGAGGCACAGGAAGGAGGCCAAGCUUGCAUCACACUGCUUCACCAAUCAGAGUACAGAGGAAUGGAGCAUGCAGCCACUCCACCACCUCCGACUAUGAACUCUCACUCGACCUCAAAAACAAGCAGAUCGAAAUGUUAGAGCACAAAUAUGGGGGCCACCUCAUCUCACGGCGUGCCGCUUGCAAGAUUCAGACGGCCUUUCGCCAGUAUCAGCUCAGCAAAAACUUUGAAAAAAUCCGAAACUCCCUCCUUGAAAGUCGUUUGCCACGCCGUAUCUCCCUGCGAAAAGUGCGGGUGCAAAACACAGAGGGUAUCUCAGCUGAACGGGCACUGGCUGAAGGCUGUAAUCUAGCAAGUAUCCCCCUCGUCCGGUCCCCAUCCCUGCCAACUACAGUAGGUGGCACCCUCACUGAUCUUGAAGAUUCUUUCAAUGAGCAAGUCCAGUCUCUUGCCAAAUCCAUUGAUGAUGCACUUAGCAAUUGGAGCAUGAAGACCAUGUGUUCACUCCAAGAAAGUGGCACCUACCAGUUUAGCUCAGAGGCAUUUAGUACCGCUGGUGACAAAUCUGGAUUGGCAGGGACAGUCAGAGAAGGUGGCCCCAUGGACCCUGCCACAUUCCAUAGUGGAACAGGACAAGUAGACAACUCUGAGAAUGUGGCCCGGAGUGCCAGCAAGCUAAUGAUGGCCUUCCGGGAUGUGACAGUUCAAAUUGAUAGCCAGAACUUCCGCAUGUCCUCUUCCGUUAUGGAGUCCUCCACUUCUGUUUCUCUUGGUAAUUGUGUCCAGCAGGGGGCCAUAGUUACUGAGAGCCCACAGCAACCUCCGGUUAAUGAUGCAAAUGAACAACCUCAACAAGGACAGCCACCACCAUCUCCCCAGGAUCCAGCUCCUCCAUCUCUAGAGCUGGAUGCUGAGGAAAUACCAGAUGGCGACUUCCCAGCCCCUCCACCAAGUGAGGAGGAACUUGGGGAGGAUCUACCACCUCUGGUGCUGGACACACAGGAAGUUCCAGAACCAGCAAUUCCAGCACAGACAGCAAUAACCUCUGAAACCUUGUCUCCACCAGAGGUUGCAGAGACACCAGUCACCCCAAUUGUAGAAGUUUUGGAAGCUAAACGUAUUGAGUCAGAUACAGCGGACAACAGCUCAGAGCAGAUGAGUAGCAGCAGUACAUCCACGUCGGCCCGGUCGACUUCAGAGGUCUCGUCCAAAGAAGCUUUACAGGCCAUGAUUCUUAGCUUGCCCCGAUACCACUGCGAAAACCCAACCAGUUGCAAAUCUCCUACCCUCUCCACUGACGUCAUGCGAAAACGCCUAUAUCGUAUUGGUCUCAACCUCUUCAACAUAAAUCCAGACAAGGGCCUCCAGUUUCUCAUCUCUCGUGGUUUCAUUCCGGAUACGCCUAUAGGUGUGGCGCACUUCCUGCUCCAGAGGAAGGGGCUGAGCCGACAGAUGAUUGGCGAGUUUCUUGGCAACAGCAAGAAGCCAUUUAACAGAGAUGUGUUAGACUGUGUCGUGGAUGAGAUGGAUUUCUCUGGGAUGGAGUUGGAUGAGGCUCUGAGGAAGUUUCAGGCUCAUAUCCGUGUCCAGGGUGAAGCGCAGAAAGUGGAGAGACUGAUAGAGGCAUUCAGUCAGCGUUACUGUAUGUGUAACCCAGACGUGGUGCAGCAGUUCCACAAUCCUGACACAAUCUUCAUCCUUGCAUUUGCCAUCAUCCUCCUGAACACGGACAUGUACAGUCCCAACAUCAAACCUGACCGUAAGAUGAUGCUGGAAGACUUCAUCCGCAACCUAAGAGGGGUUGAUGAUGGUGCAGAUAUUCCACGGGACAUGGUAGUGGGAAUAUAUGAGCGUAUUCAGCUGAGGGAAUUACGAUCGAAUGAAGACCAUGUCACUUAUGUCACCAAGGUUGAGCAAAGCAUUGUGGGAAUGAAAACGGUCCUGUCAGUGCCUCACAGGAGGCUGGUGUGCUGCAGUCGGCUGUUUGAAGUGACUGACAUCAACAAAGCCCAGAAGCAAGCUGCUCACCAGAGAGAGGUCUUCCUCUUCAACGACCUACUUGUGAUUUUGAAAUUGUGUCCAAAGAAAAAGAGUUCUGCUGCCUAUACCUUCUGCAAGGCCAUGGGGCUACUGGGCAUGCAGUUCCACCUGUUUGAGAAUGAAUACUAUCCUCACGCCAUCACUAUUGUGUCUCCGUGUUCGGGCUCUGAUAAGAAGCAGGUGUUGAAUUUCUGUGCUCAGAGUGCAGAGGAGCUCCUCAAGUUCGUAGAGGACCUGAAGGAGUCCAUCGCCGAGGUCUCAGAAAUGGAACAGAUACGUAUUGAAUGGGAGUUGGAGAAACAACAGGGAGCCAAAACUCACUCCAUCAAGAACAACGGGACUCAGCUUGAGUUGAGGGGUAGACAAGGUUCUCUUUCAGGCAAACAGGAAAUGAACACAUCACAGAGCGGACACAAUGCAGUAGAGGUGUCAAUUCACAACAGGCUUCAGACGUACCAGCUCAACGCGGCACCGCCGAGCCCUGAGAACGCUGCCCUUCUCAACCACCAGAGGGAGCUCUUCCAGCAGCCUCCAUUGCAACGCGCCAGCCCCACACCUUCGCACUCCUACCAGCCCGUGGCCCUGACCGAGAUACGACCCGACACGCUCAUCCAGUGCCAGCAAAUUGUCAAGGUCAUCGUCUUGGACAAAGGCGCACACGGCCGCAUGGAGGCGUUCCUCAGCCAGAGCCCCACUCAUCACCAGCUCAUCCAGUCUGUGGUCUCCACACCAGUGCGUUCACCUGACAGCGGAGGCAACCAGGGGGGCAACGAUGGCUCACAACCUCCAUUGCCUCCACCACCACCACCAUAUAACCACCCUCACCAGUAUAUACCCCCAGAUCCCCGCCUUGCACUGCAGAGGACCCCAAGUGGCUCUCGUAGUCUAAUGUAGAGUUCAAACCAACAAAACUGCAGGCACACUUUUACAGUAUUUAUCUACAUAUGUAUAUACAUGAAAGAAAUAUAAUGAAAAAAGCUAUCUAUAUACAUAUAUUUAAGGUAACAGACAUGAAGAUAUGAAGACUUUAUUGACUUUGCAGAUAUGUGAAACAACUAAUAAGAAAAAUAUGAUUUACUUAAUUGCUGUGUAUUUUGAAACGUUAUGUAGUUUUAACAAAUUUCUUAACGGUUUUCGUCUUUCUGGACACUCUCUGAGAUUAUAUUGUUGAGUACUUGUCCUUGACAGGAUUUCUCUGGUGCAUUUUGUUAUAGACAAAAUGAUUUCACGGAAAAAUGUGAUACCCGACAAUAUUCGUUUCAAUUCCACUGACACUUGCUUUUGUGUGAGAGCUGGUUUUACGUGUAAAAUCACCCUUUUGGCUUUUAUUAUCCUACUGAUGUGUCUAUUUAUUGUGUGUGUAUGUUUUUGACUGGAAAAUGAUAAACGUGCCAAAAUGAGGACACCCUCCACCGUGGACUUUUUGCACUCUUGAACGCUUAGGGCUAGAGUAAACAUUUGUGCUUAUAUCGAUCAUUUAGAUUCCCUCCAGGUACACUUUUUUUUUUUUUUUUUUUUUUACUUUUAAGUGGUAACCACAAACUGUUUCUUCCCUCACUUGUGGCUGAUGUUGUAUUCCUGUAAAAUGUGAUUUACUUCCUUAUCACCUGUCUUUGAAAAUGUCUUUUAUGUCACUCCUUUUAACUGAUAUAUGUGUGUAAAUUAAGAAUGUAGGAAGUAUUAAGGCUCUUUCACAUGACUCACACCAUUGUUCCCCAAUGUGUUGACGUACACGACUCAAAAUUAAGAAAAUUUCAACUUUGACCCUUAUUUUCUGCUGACCUUUUGAAGUAUAACCAAACAUUACCAGACAAUUUGCAUGACUUAUCAUUAUGUGAGCAAACAAGAUGAGAUCAGAGAAGCUGUACGCUACAACAGCAAAAACAUAUCUUUAAUAUUCCAGGGGAAUUCGCUAAUGAAUUGCAUCAACCUAUAUCACCAUUAAUUUGCAUGUUCUUGUUUUAGCACCUGACACGCAAAUCUUGGCACAAACAUUGCCAAAAAUAUUAUUAAACACAUUUUUCAUGUCACAAUCCCAGCGGACUACUACAAUCUGAUAUGCUUUUCUAGGACAGUACAGCAUUGCUCCAGUGGACUGAACAAGUAUUAAUGGCCAUUUAUGACACUCGUCUCCAUUGUUUGAUCAUCAUUUGAUGAAUUAUAUCUGCUAUGAUCUCUAAAAAUAUGUACAAGUGCAUGCAAAUAGCAUGAAUCUUUAGUUGAAUUACUUCCUAUAAUAAGUCUUAUUUGGAUAAAAAAAAAAAAUAAUUACAUUGACUUAAUUUAAAAUUUAAAAACAUGGCGCAGCACUAUACCAGCUCAUACAGUGCUUUUAAACUGGAUUGUGGAUGGUUAGUGAAUAAAAUGGUUUUUAGGUUUUUAGGCUGAAAUAUUGGCGUUGGACUUUUUUCCUCUUUUAAACACAAAUACGUGUUACCUCUUCCAUUGGCUUUCACUAUGUUCACCAUUUACUACCUAGCAACUUCGUAAAAUUGCCUUUGUGAACGUCAAAGCAUGCAGAGGGCUGUGUUAAAGCCCGAGUCAUGUGAAAGGGCUUUUAGUGUAUGGCAAUGUAUCCCGGCUCAAAGAUGGGAAAAAAAGAGCCAAUCACAGCCAGCGAACCCUGUUUGCAACGGCUAUAGUUCUCACGCUCAGGAAUUUCAGAGAGUACCUGAAAGAAGACUGAGAUCUUUUAAUGCUUGUACUUGAACUUUAUGUAGCAACUUGGAACGUAUAAGGCCCUUGUGAAAAGGCCAUUCAAUCCCAGCAACCAUCUUUGGACACGUUGUAUGUUUGUCUGACAUUCUGUGAAAGAUGACAGAAUUCUGCAUCACUGUUGUCACAUGACUCAGACAAUGUAACAUGGUUUCAUUGUGAUAUUCCUUCAUCAAUACUCACAACUACAUAAAACGCCCAAGAGACACACCAUCAGCACUAUCUAUAUCUGCUGUUUGACUCCUAAAACUCUUGUUUGAAGAUUUUCGAGAGCCAAGUGACACUUGAAACAUCAAAUGAGAUGCACAUUGUUGGCACAGAACACUUUAACCUAAAUGUUUGUCUGGUUUUGAUCUGAUUUUAUCAGCUAAAUGGAAAACAGUCCAAUGGUUUAUUUUUGUUUUGCUUGUAUGUAGCUAUCAUAUAUCAGCAUAUAAAGCAGCAAAGAAUUAGCUAUGAUAAAUGUUAACUACCCACAGUCCAACCAUUUCUGAUAAAAGCUGUCAUUAUAACACAAAGUCAACAUGAAACUGAAUUCACCACCUUUUUUGCUUCCACCAUGUAAUGUGUUAAUGAUGUGUGAAGUGAUACGUGAUAUUUAGAUACAAUUUUGAUUGGACCAUAAAAAGUGGGUGUUUCCAUAAUAGAUCCAGACAUAAAUUUAUGUUAAGGAACGUGGAGGCUGAAGUCCGAAAUUUUCGUAUGCUUUUUUUCGCAUUCAUGAUCCACAGAGACCUUGGACACUGAGUCCGAUGCGUAUUAAUGACUCUGUUGUGAAAAAAAUUGCAAAACAAUACAAAAUGGAGUCUUCAAGCAGUGAGCAUGAUUUAGUUGUCCUCUCUCUUCUUAAAAAGCGAAAAAGAAAGAGGAAAUAUUGGGUCCAUCCAAACCAGAGAUUGCGUAGAGAGGAAAGAGUGUUCCACCUCAUCAAGGAGUUGCGUGAUUAUCCUGAGCAUUUCUAAGUUUACUUCAGGAUGUCAGUGGCUCAGUUUGAUGCUUUGCUAGCGAUACUGGCACAGUCUGUCUUUAUAUUCUGUCUCUUUGUGUUCCGCACUUUGUCAUACAGUGCUACUGCUUUGUGCUGUAGACGACGUGUAUCAACUUGUCAGAUGGUAUUCGGGAUUUUGCGUUCGUUUGUACGGUGGCUCUGAAUUGUCAAAACGUCUCUCAAAAUGCAUGCCACGGAUGCGAAAAAUGCAGAAAAUGGAACCUGAUCCAAAUUUUUUUAUGACGGAUGAAAGUUUCGGAGACAGUGUGUAAAUGUGAUUGACACAACGUGAGGUCGUAUUUAUUUUUUAACGUGCGGAAAUUUCGGACGUGAAUUUCGGACUCAGUGUGCAAAAAGACCUUAAAGGAGAAAUUCAUGCUCGAUAGCCCCUGUUGGUGAAUCUUUUUCUUUUUUUUUAAAUUUGACAUUAGAUGCUUUGCUGACCCCUAGCUGUGAGUGCUUGAGAGCUAGUAGAGUACUUGCUAUGUAUGUUCGGAGAUCUGCAAUAUUAAUUUCUUAUCCAUUUUGUUCUGUUCUCUGCUUGUUGAGGCCGUGUUGUAUUUGUCCUGCCCCUCCUCCACUCUGAUUGGACGGCUGGCUAAAAAGUGACAGUGAUGAGCCAGCGCAGUAAAAACUGAAAGCUGAACAUUCUUCAACUCGAGGCAACCAGUAAAAAACACUGAGCGCUCAGCACUUGAGCGUGAAAAAGACGCUCAGCGCCUCGUUACGCUCCUGCCGUUUAAAAAAUGUGGGGCUCCCAUUGAAAACAAUUGGAAAAGUAUGCUAGCCGCUGGAAAAAAAAAAAAAAAAACGCUUUACACGGCCUAAUAUACUGUAAAUAUUGCCUAAAUAGCAAUCUAUUUAGCUAUUUAGCUAUUUGCAAUAUCACCUGAGAAAAACAAAGUUGUUUCAGAGGCAUAUAAGGCAGGAAUGUGUGUUAAUUUGAUUUCAUGUUGACUUUAAGCUGUAGUAUUCGUAAUCGUAACACCAUUGAUGUGUCAUAGGUAGCUGUGUGUCCUUUUUUCUCUGUUUUCUUAUAUGAUUGGGCGUUUGUUUCAUAAUUAUAUUGCUGCUGUUUGAAGCUCCCAAUCGUAUCUUUGUUUCCUCUUCUCAUUGUGUCUUUAUUUCCAUGUACAGUGAUGAUUUGUGUGAUGAACACCAGGUGCUUCAUAUAUAUUGGUGAGAAACUCAACACAUGAGUUUUUUGUAUAACCUGGACAUCAGCAAAUUGUCUAUCCCUCUCUUCUUAACUUUAAUGAAUGAACGCUGCAUCCUUUGUUUCUCACACAUUUAAGGUAUAGUUCAUUCCAAAAUGGAAAUUCUGUCAUUAUUUAAUCUUCUUCAUAUCAAAGCCUGUUGUUGUGUCAGAGUUUUAAAAAAUAAAUAAAUAAAUAAAAUAAAAAGGUAAUUGUGACUUUAUGUCACAGAAUUAUGACUUCUUAUCUCACAACUGCAAUAAUUGUGACUUUAUUACUGCUUUCAUCAACUCAGACUCAUUGGAAAAACAUGCAUGUGGUGACAUUUCUGCAAAAUUAUAUAAUGUUGCUUCUUGCACAUUGCGGCACUAUGAACAUGAAAUGUUCAGUGGGUGGCACUAAAAGCGCAUUCCAUUUUUUUUCUGAAAUCAAUGUACAAGAAUGUGGCAACAUUUUAUUACGUUGGUUGUUUGCAGUUUGGAAAUGAAAUGUGAGUGUCAAUAAAAGGUUAAUGCUCUAUUGCAUUUGAAAAUAAUGUACCACCUAUAUUAAAUCAUACCCUAAACCUAACCGAUUGUGUUAAUAGAAGCAAAAGUGAGAUAAAAAUGCAUUUCCUGAAAGAAUCCAUUGCCAUUUUAUCUUGCUUCUACAAUUCCUUGAGCUCUUUUAUUGAGUGUCAUGACUUGUGUUUCACACAUCGCAAGUGCAAUUCUGUACCUGCUGAGCAACCAAGCAAGUUUUUGAGAAAAGGAAUAAAAGUUGUUGGUAUUUUAUUGCCACUAGUGGUAAUUUCAGCUAGAAACUGCAGUGCAUUUUAUGUUUAGUUAUGUUUUUGGAGUUUUGCUAAAUUGAAGCAUAUUUUUCCAAUGAGCCUUUGUUCACUCUAAAAAAAUGCUGGGUUAAAAAUAACCCAAGUUGGAUUGAAAUUGGGUUGUUUUAACUCAGCGGUUGGGUUAAAUGUUUACCCAACCUGCUGGGUAAUUUUAUUUAACUCAACUAUUGUUUAAAAUUACUGUAUUGCUUGCUUAAAAUGAACCCAAAGUAUGUUGGAAAUUAACAUUAAUAUGUUUAAUAAAUGAACAUUUAUUAAUAUUUAAUGAAUAAUUAAACAAACAUUUAUUAAAUUUAUUAUUGAUAAAUGUUCACCUUUUGAUUAUUAUUGUUGCCUCUAGUAAUUAUGUGUCUGAUUUUUAAUUUACAACCUAUAUUGGGUUCAUUUUAAGCCAGCCAUGUAGUAAUUUUUAAACAAUAGGGUUAAAUAAAACAAACAUUUAACCCAACCACUGGGUUAAAACAACCCAAUCGCUGGGUUUGUCUAUUUUCAACCUAACUUGGGUUGGUGUUAACUCAGCAUUUUUUAGAGUGUUGGAUUCAUAGAUGUCACUAUUGUAUCAAAAAAGCAGUGUGAAUAUUCUUCAAAAUAUUCACUGCAUACAAAAUAAUAACAUACACGUUUGGAACAACAUAAGCGUAUGUAAAUAAUGACAGAAUACUUUACAGAUCCCAGCCUUAGAGUAACAGACAGCAUUCUCUAAGAGUUGAUCAAACAUUUCAACAGCAGCUUAGUCUGGAAAAUAAGUGCGUAGGAGAACUGCACAACCUGCUUGAAAAAUGGAGAAAGAGUCAGUCCUAGUUUAAUUUCUAAGAAAUACUGAGUGACAGGAGUUCACUUUUUGUCUUUCUCUUUUCGUAGCCUUGCAUUUGGCCCCUGAGGGAGUUGGCGUGGAGGUGAUGGAAACGGGGAGCCAGAUGAAUUGUGCAUGACCCUGGUUUUGAGGAGUUUAUUAUGCUUGAGCGAAUGUGCCCUGGCUAGCAAAUAAGAUGUGAUCUAACCCAACAGAUGAGUGUUGAAUUAAAUCCUUCACACAACCAAAGGCUAUGAUGCUAAUGCUAACCUUGGUUUUGCCUGCAGAAGGGCUAUUGCACUGGUGUGCUAUGCAGCCUUCAAGUCAUCAGAAUGAUAGUGUUUAUGAGAUGAAUGCACAUGAGCAACACCAUAAUGUCGUAAUCAUCAUUAGCUUGUAUGUUAAGCUAGUUAGCAUAUUGUUGAUGAAAUUCCUCUCAUUUAGCUGUUUUUUGAGGUGACACUCUUGUGUGAUAAAACCAUGUUUCUCAUCAUUCUUAGUGGCAGCACAAGAAUUAUAAAAUACAUAGACAUGGUAUUAAUUAUACACUAAUGUGCAUCCUUUCUCCUUUGUUUUGUAGCAGUAGAGCUAAAAAGCUUACUGUCUUUGUUCGGAAGUAAAGACAGGAAGAAAAAAUUGCUUAAAGCGCACAUUUUAUUCCAAAACAAAAUCGCUUGAAUGCACAUCAUGUUGUACUGAUGAUUUUACAUCUCAUUAAAACAUCCCAGGAGAACUUGAAGGCAGCAUAGCAUAAAUGUUUAUUAGCACUAAUUUUGACAGCAAGUUAUUGUGUGUUAGCAAGUUAUUUAAGAGUGUGUUUGAAAGGCGUCACAUUAUACAAUUGUUUGUUUUACUCUGUCUAUAUGAUAGAUUUACAUUCUAUUAAACAUGUUUUCUUGUCUAUUCCAGGCCUACAUGUGUGGUCUGGUUUUUUCUUUACUGUCCUUUUGACAUGAGUGGUUUGUUGUAUCAGCAAAUGAUGGGCACCUUUUUGCAUCUGUAAUGUAGAGCCAUGGAUCAACACAGGUCAAAGGUCACUAACGGAGGUCAGCUAACUAAUAAUGUUUAUUUUUUCUGUCAGAGCUGCUGCUAAAAUGGAAGGCAGUAAUAAAAUAUCACUGUGCAUAUUGCUUUUGGCAUUUAUACUGCUGCUGUGCUCUACUGGAUUGUUAAUGUAUGUAUGCGAGAAUAAAGUAAGACAAUAGUUCCCUCUCAAGA